AUUCCCCACUGUGUCCUCCAACUGUUGUAUGUUCUGCCAAUCGCUUGAGGACAGAGUGGGAAAAGGAGCAAGCAGAGUUAGAAGCCGGACAAAAGAACUUAUAGACCCCUUAUAUACAUAUUUUCCUAAUGUUGUAGAGAGCGUGGUGUGGUGAAAAACAAUUGCGGUGAGUGCGGAUGGACUUGUCAGUGUAGUUAUGGAACCCCCUUUAAGCAAGAGGAACCCGGCGAUAAGAUUAGCGGAUUUGGCAGCGACUCAACCCCUUCCUCAUCAGAAUAUGACAGGCUUCCCGGGGCUAGGGGGGCAUCACCCUCUCUCCCACCAUGCCCACCUCCACCCUGGGGAGCUGGGCAACGACCCCGGAGUGGCACUCACUCCAUUUGGACCAGAGCACAUGGCACAGACAAAUGCUCUCAAACUUAGCCCAUCUCAGCACAUUCAGAGCCAUCCCGAAGCCCAGACCGCGGCAUCUUUCACUUCUGCUCAGACCACAGUUGGUUUCCCCGUGGCUCACCCCCACUCAGGCUACUCAAGCAGCAGGGACUUCAUCCUCAGGAGAGAACUCUCAGCCUCUGCUAUGCAUGCACUUGGCGACCAGCAUAGUUCCGCCUCCUCCCCUCAUCACCAUGGCAUGUUCAUCUCCCCAACAGGUGCUUAUGGGCACACGGAAAGUGGGGCCCAUUCACUUUUCACUGGACUCCACGACCAGGCGUCCCCAGGUGCCCACCACCAUGCCCUCAAUGGGCAGAUGCGCCUGGGUAUACCGGGGGACAUCUACGGCAGGCCAGAGCACUUCGGGCACAGGCCAGAGCACUAUGGACCCUCUUCUCUCCACAGCUACAACUCCAUGAACCUCAAUGUGAACAUCGCUUCUGCUCCUCACGGAGCGGCGGGGGCGUUUUUAAGAUACAUGCGGCAGCCCAUAAAGCAAGAGCUCAUCUGCAAGUGGAUCGACCAGGAGCAAAAUCAAAAAAAGCCCUGCUCGAAAACUUACAGCACGAUGCACGAGCUGGUCAACCACGUCACGGUGGAGCAUGUCGGGGGACCGGAGCAGAGCAGCCACGUCUGUUUUUGGGAGGAAUGUCCGCGGGAAGGAAAAGCUUUCAAAGCGAAGUACAAACUGAUAAAUCACAUCCGAGUUCAUACCGGGGAAAAACCUUUCCCGUGCCCUUUCCCGGGAUGUGGGAAAGUGUUCGCUCGAUCGGAGAAUUUAAAGAUUCACAAGAGGACUCACACAGGUGAGAAACCUUUCAAGUGCGAGUUUGACGGCUGUGACAGAAAAUUCGCCAACAGCAGCGACCGGAAGAAGCACUCUCACGUCCACACCAGUGACAAGCCUUACUACUGCAAAGUGCGCGGCUGUGACAAGUCCUACACGCACCCGAGCUCGCUGAGGAAGCACAUGAAAGUGCACUGCAAGUCCCCGCCGCCCCCCUCCACCAACGUCACCUACAUAUCCUCCACAAACCCUCUCGGAGAUCCUCUGUCACCCAACAACAACAACAACAACACCGAGGCGCACAGGAACCGCUCCGCGAACCUCUCCCCUCAGGUCACCAACCUCAACGAGUGGUACGUGUGCCAAGGGAGCGGAGGACCCAACCACCUCCACACCCCGUCCAGCGAUGUGCCAACAUCAGAUUCAGACGACGAGGACUCUUUCAGACACUCAGACCCGAGGACAAUGCUCUGAUGGCCUGUUUACACCACCAACACGUGACUGGCACAAACUUGUCACCUACUUGACCCGUUAAAAAAAAGUGUGUAGAUCCAUGCUGGCCCCCACCGUGCGCGCUUUUUUUGGGGAUAUUGAUGGGUUGUUUUCACUGUAGCAUUUAUUUAAAAAAAAAAAAAUCACUGUGGAUGCAAUGCAGGCCCAAAAACACCGCGAGGAAACGUGUUUUUUUUUCUCCUCCAGAGGUGACCCCUGACCUUUUUCUUCAAAUGUAGAUGAAACACACUGAAAUUAGAAAGUUUGAAAAAUUCAAAAAAAGAAAAAAUCCUCCACUCUUCUUUGAAAAGGACCAAACAUUUUAAAGUGAGCCACUUUUUUAUUUUUAUUUUAUAUAUAUUUUCUUCUUUUCCUUUCAAGAGCAAUAUGCAGGCUUUAAUUAACUGCAUGACUUAAGACUCAACUGGUGUGCUGAAAUUACAUCUUUCAUGUGACCUCCCAUCAUCCCCCUUUGCAGUUUAAUAACUCGCCUGCCAUCAAUCACUGUCAUAUUCCAGACAUUUAAGGAAAACAAAUGGUACUGCUUGGUGACUGGCAACAAAUGUUAACGGACACAAUCUAGAAGAAGAAGAUGAGGACCCUUUUUUUAAAUAAUUAAUAUUUCAUGUGAUUUCUUUAAGAUGUGGUACAAAACUUUGAUAAACUAAUAAGAAGGAGGGGGGGUGUAAAAAAAAAGAGUCAAACAUCAUGAGUGUCUUAAGGGUUCUCAUUUAACCUUUUCAGAUUUAUACAAUACAUGUGUUUGGAUGGAAUUUUGUAAUAUUUAAAAACUAUUUAAGACUAUAUUUUAUGCAAAAUACACAAGUGUUAUGCUCGUUAAAGAGUACGAGUAAGUCCCUUGAGACCCUAAAUGUCUACACUGACAGGUUUUGACCCUGUAGGAUUUGUAUAUAUGUAAUUGUACUGAUGCUCGUGAAUGUUGUGUAGAUUUAAUUACAAGGAAAAAAAAAAAA